UUAGUCGGAUGGGGGCAGAAGAAUAGGGAGGACCCUUUGCUCUCGCUGAGCAUUGUGGGGCCCCCUAGUCUCUCCCGGCUCUCUCGGAUCCGAAGGGUCUGGGUCCCAGAGCAGCCAUCUCAGCGUGGGUUGGUGGCGUGGAGGAGACCGCUCCGGUUUCCAUGGUGAUGGGCCAGGCUAGGCGCGCGUGAUUGCUGCGGCUGCGUUGCCAUGCCUUUCCCGUUUCUUUUUGAGAGACUGAAGCAGUGGGUUGACGUUUGAGGGGAAUUUGGUGACGCUGCAGAGGGAGGGAAGACUCCCCUUUUCAACCUCCUGAGAAAAACCAGCCACGGUACCAGAAAUGCACUACGCAUGCGCAUUCGGGUGGCCGGAAGCGCAGCUGCCCCGAGUCCUCCAGUGAAUGGAAACCCCGGUGAACCGGCAGUAUACCUGGGCCGAAAGCCCCCUUUGUCUCCUCACCACUUGGAGCUGACCGACAGCAGCCCCACCUCACCCUCAGCAUCCAGAACCAAGGACUGGGUCUGGGACAGACCACACCCAAUGAAGGCGGGAGAUGGAGAAGCGGGUCCUGGAGACCCCCCCAGACUUUCUGGGGUUCAGUCUAUCUCAACUGAGGAUACACCCUGAGGAGCCUGAGGUCCCAGAAGAAGAGGCGCCCGGAGGAGACGAGGCGGAGGCUCCGGCCCUGGUGCAGCUCAUCGACGAGCACGGGACGUACUCGACUGCGCGCCUGGUUCCCGACGGUUCGGCGGAGGAGCGCUCCGGUAAGCGGGAGCCAGGCUCGCUUCGCAGCGGCUCCGAGGGCCGGGAGGGGCUGGCGCGGCCCAGGCAGUCCAGCUGCGCGGCCUGCGGGAGGGCCUUCAAGCGCGCGUGGGAGCUGCUGAGCCACGAGGUGGUGCCCACGGCGGCGCGGCCCUUUCGCUGCGGCCUGUGUGCGGCCGCCUUCAAACGCCGCUCGGACUGCAAGAGCCACCGGCUGGUGCACGGCGACGAGCGGCCGCAAGGUUGCGAUGCCUGCGGCAAGCGCUUCAAGCGAGCCACCAACCUGCAGGAGCACCGCCGCCUCCACAGGGGCGAGCGCCCCUUCCCCUGCGCGUCCUGCCCGAAGCGCUCCGAGACCCCCUACGAGCUGCACCGCCGCGAGCCGCUGCACGCCCCUUCGCGGCCCUUCCCCUGCCGGGGCUGCGGCAAGGCCUUCGCGGCCGGGCCGGCCCUGCUUCUGCACCGGCGGCAGCACUGCGAGGGCAAGCCGCACGCCUGCAGGGUGUGCAGCAAGCGCUUCACCCACCGCCACAGGCUGCGGGUGCACGAGCGCGUGCAUACGGGCGAUCGGCCCUUCCUCUGCCCGCUGUGCGCCAAGGCCUUCAAGCAGUCCGACCCGCUGGCCUCUCACCUCCGCGUGCAUUCGGGCGUGCGGCUCUACCCGUGCGCCACGUGCGGCAAGGCUUUCAAGCAAUCGUCCUACCUGGCCAUCCACCGGCGCACGCACACGGGCGAGCGGCCCUACCCCUGCGACGGUUGCAGCAAAGCCUUCUCCAGGCCCUCGCUGCUCCUGCAGCAUCGCCGCGUGCACAGCCCCGUGCGCCCUCACGCCUGCUGCUUCUGCCCUAAGCACUUCAAGGACCUGAACUACCGCGCCGUCCACGAGAAGGUGCACACGGGAGGGCUUCGCGCAUCCCAGCAACCUGCUGCAGCAUCAGAGGGUGCAUCGGGAUGGAGCACAGGCUCCAGGUGCGCAGGCUCAGUAGUUGUGGCUCACGGGCCUAGUUGCUCCGCGGCAUGUGGGAUCUUCCCAGACCAGGGCUCGAACCCGUGUCCCCUGCAUUAGCAGGCAGAUUCUCAACCACUGCGCCACCAGGGAAACCCAGGAGACUUUCUUGAAUGUGAGCACUUCUGGAUCCUCCUCCACCACCUGUACGUAGACCUUUGGUACUAAGACCUUGCUGGUGACUUUUGUCAAAUUUAAAGAAGUUCACGGAUGGAUGGAUAACUCUUCACUGUGGACACCCUGGGUUAUGUCCUUGCAGGCAUAGCACAGCAAAACCAUCGGUGCUGAGAUCUUCUAGUUGGUGGUGUAUGGCAUUUUAGGAACAAUCGUUUUGCCGGACAUUGGCGUGACCUGCACUUCAGAUCCCCUGAUCACGCCUCCAGGGAUUCCCCCUCUGACUUCAAGAUGGACGGAGCUCAGAGAGGUGAAGACACUUGUCCAAAGCCACACAGGUUGUAUGCGACAGUGCCAGUUUCUGCCUCAGUCCUAAAGGAGAGAAAUCACUAAAUGCUCCAAAUUUCACUGCUAUUGAGUACAAUUUAAUUUAGUCCUUUCUCCAUUUUGCCAAUAAGAUUGAGCUGCACUGGUCUGCUGUUUUCUUAUUACUGUAUAAUGUAAAUGAAUGACAUUCCCGAGCUCAGGCUUAAAAAACGCAAGUCUUCUUAUGUCACAAGAUGAAUCUGAGACGGCAAUAAAGAGUCUGCAUUGAGGUGGCCACUUGCAGCAUCAUUGCCAACACCACUGUCACCACCACCUCCAUCACCAUCAUCACCACGGUCAUCAACGUCAUCAUCACAUCCCCUUCUCUGUCACCAUCAGCAUCACAUCGUGAUCAUCACUGUCACCAAAGUCACCACCUUCAUUCACUAUCAUCAUCGCCAUCCCCACUACGGCCAUCGCCAACGUCACCACUAUCACCACCACCGUCACCGCCACAAAAAUCACCCCCACUCGAAAGCAGGUAUCAGCGGCCCACUCUUUUUGUCUCCUAGCUACAGCCUUGGCCCAGCAAGCCUGCGUCCUCCAUCCCUCUCUCCACCCUGAGCCACAGGGGAUGUGACUAUGACCCCGAGGGUAGUGCUGUCUUGCUUGGGAACCAAGAGGAUUCUGGGUUUGAUUCUCUGACUUUUCUUUAAGUGGCCUCAGUUCUAUUCUGAGCUUGUUGCCACAAGGUUGACCAUCCAUAGAUGGUAAGCCCAGCCCCUGGACCAGGGGAGGCUCUGCUCAGUGUAGCUCUAGGACCCUUGAGGUGGCUGAGACUCGGUGUGGGGGGGUUUAAGGCUGAAUGCCUCCUGCUAUAGGGGCUUGAGACCACUUUGGGGAGGGGAGACCUGAGGGUCUGGGUUCUCUGUGCUCAUUGUCCUGUCUUAGGAGAGAAAGAAGAGGAAGUCCCUCUGGGAUGGCAAAUAGGGCUGGUGGUCAUGACUCUGCCCCCCGCCAAGAUGAGACUUCCCAGGUCUCAAAGGAGAAAGUGAGAAUGACAGCCUAACUUUCAGAAGUCACAUCCUAGGGAGUUGCCAUUUCCAUCGCCUUCCUGAAAUACCCGUUUUUAAAUUUCUUGUUCACUAUUAUAUCCCCAGAGCCUAGUACCCUGUAUGGCACAUAGUAAGUACUCAAUAAAUGUUUGUCAAAUCAAUGGGAAAAGAGAUGGAGAGUCCCCCUCCCCUGCAACUGUUAGGGAAGAGAUGGGAUUCUGCAUCAUAGCGUUAAUUCAAAGGAUCUGAUUUGAUACGGUGUGAAGGGGAGAACUUUUACAAAAUUAUUAACUUUGUACUGUGCACUAAAGAGACUGUGAAAAUUAAUAAUUCAUUCCAACAUCUCCUGUUCCUUAUGAAUAUUUCUCAGAAGUGAUUUCCACAAAAAUGUUUUCUAGGAUGCCCAAAACUGUAGGAGUUGUGGUCAGGUCCAGUGACUGUUCCCUCCAGAAGGCUUUCACCCUGCUGGGUUGUCUUGAUCAUUUGCUGCCCUGCUUUUAACAUCCUGCCUGUAAACUGAAUAAAUACAGGUAAGCUUUCUCAUCAGAUCACAAGAUCGAUAGCCCUUUCCCUCACGAUGGGAAAUUAAAUCCCAUGACUCUGAUGGAUUAAUUAUUUUACAAACAAAACUAGUGAGCCCGCAAGAGGGAAGAGAUAUGAGAACAUACAUAUAUGUAUAACUGAUUCACUUUGUUAUAAAGCAGAAACUAACAUACCAUUGUAAAGCAAUUAUACUCCAAUAAACAUGUUAAAAAAAAAAAAAAAAACAACUAGUGAGCCCACGUUUGCACUAAAUUAGCAAACGGUGCCAGGCCCACUGAUGACUGAACUUCCGGGAUGGCUUAGAGUGGAAGGUGGCGACCCCUGCUCGCAGUCCCGACACACACAGGCGAGAGUCACCUCCAAUUUUGUCCAGUUUUUUAAGUACAAUUUUGAAGACUGUUUUGUGUUGUUAAAGCAUUCUUAUAAAGUCUGUGUGUUGAACUGCAUCUGUGAGAACAGAAUGAGUUCCAGGUCCCUUAUUUUUCUUUAAUACUUUCUUUCUGUUGUCACUAUUUAUAUUCUUUAUAUGUCUUGAUUAAAGCUAAUUAAUCAA